CCCGCGCCCGUGACGUCACUACCCCGCGCCGGCGGCACGUUCGCCCGGCGGUAUAGCGGGCUUUACUGAGGACAAAAAUGGCUAUGGCUAGUGAUUUCUACCUGCGCUAUUACGUCGGGCACAAGGGCAAGUUUGGCCACGAGUUUUUGGAGUUCGAGUUUCGGCCCGACGGGAAGCUUAGAUACGCCAACAACAGUAAUUAUAAAAAUGACGUGAUGAUCAGAAAAGAGGCCUAUGUCCACAAGAGCGUAAUGGAAGAACUGAAGAGAAUUAUUGACGACAGUGAAAUUACAAAAGAGGACGAUGCUCUGUGGCCACCUCCUGACAGGGUUGGCCGGCAGGAACUUGAAAUCGUAAUUGGGGAUGAACACAUUUCUUUUACCACAUCAAAAAUAGGUUCUCUUAUUGAUGUAAAUCAGUCAAAGGAUCCCGAAGGCCUCCGUGUAUUUUACUAUUUGGUACAAGAUUUGAAAUGCUUAGUGUUCAGCCUCAUUGGUCUACACUUCAAGAUUAAGCCAAUUUGAAUUGGAUGGUUUUGAGGUUAUUUAUAUAUUUAAUUAAAGGAAGGGUUUUCUAUUGACAAUUUUGGGAUUUUUAUGAAUGUGAAACUUUUGUAUAUAAACUCAAUAUAUGAAAAAAAACAGGUUACAUGGUUUUCAUUUCUUGGCUCCACAUGGAAUAGACAGUUUCUAUAUAUAAUUGAUUCUGCUACUUUUUGUUGAAAUUUUGCUCUAAUAAAAUGUAUCAAAAGCCUGGAUGUA